AUGUUCGUGUUUGAGCUCUCCACGGUCACCCCGUGCGGGUCAGCCGCGUACUACUCGCUGGUCAUCCGCGACCCGUACGUCCUCGGCAACUGCCCGGAAGCAGACAUCGCCAUCGCCCACGACGGCAUCUCCGACGAGCACGUCUCUCUCACCGUCCUCCACGCGCACGAGGCGGCGAAGGAGGUGGAGGCGGCCACGAGGGCGGCGGCGGACGGAGACGCAGCCACCGCCACGACGAACAGCGACCGCGCAGGUAAACUGCGGUAUGAAGAGGAGGACGAAGAAGCAGAAGCAGAAGAGCAAGAUCAGGAGAGGGAGGAGGACGUACCGGGUCUGGCUGCCGCUGCUGCUGCUGCCACGACCGCAGAUGAGGGUGAUGGCGACGAGCACCACAACGGCGCGGCUGCUGGAGGCAGCGAUGUGGAGGAUAACGUUCUGAUGGACACGCCUCCUGACAAGUCCAUGGAGGAGGAGGAGAAGGCCGCCGCCGCCGCUGCUGCUGCUGCUGCAGCGGAUGAAGACAACGCGGCGCGAGCCCCGUUCCUCAGCGGCGAUCAUCUGGUGGUCCGGGUCACCGCCCUCCCCACCAAAGGCAGCGGCGACGUGCGCAUCGGCAAUGUUUUCCUGCAGCCAGGUGACUCGGUGCUCGUGCGCGACGGCGACACGCUUUUUCUCGGCGACGGAGUCAGCGGCACCUUCCACUACCGCCCCUUGAUGGUCAGUCUCGAGGUCGGCGCCUACCCGGACGACUACGUCAGCGAUCUCCGUCGCAUGUUCGAUCAGCUGGGGGCGACCUUCGUCGACGAGCCGAUCCCCUCCAUCGAGGUGCCGCACGUACCCGUUGGGCAGCUGCACUGCGCCGAAGAACUCAACGACAGCACGAGCUGCCUCGCCGCACUGACCUACGGCUACUCUGUUGUCCACCCCACCUACGUCUUUGAGUGGUUCGCGGCGGUGUCGAGGCGGGCGGCGGCCCCGCUCAACACGCUGCCGUCGCCCUCGCGCUUUGAGGUGCCGGUGCGGUGUACCAUGCACCCGACCACUACAAUGUACGUGCGGCCAGAGUCGGACACCUGCCCCUUCUCCCUCUACCCGAUACCGUCGACGGCCAUGACCAACCGCAGCCGGGCGGAGCUGUUCGCCGGACGUGUUUUCUUCUUCUUCACCGACGCCGCCGCGACGCGGUAUUGGCGGGCCGUGGAGGACUGCGGGGGCGCCGUGUACGGCCCCGGCGAUGUCGAGGCGGCGAAGGAGGCCGUGCGUCGCCUCGUGGACGCUCAGCAGAGCGCCGGCGUCUCCUCCCCCCGCCUGCCGAGCAGCUUCUACAUCAUCAUCGACAACACGGCGGAGGCGGUGCUGCUCAACUCCGGGCUGGCGGCCGCCUCGCCGGAGCUGCUGGCGUUCAUGGACGACGCCGGCAACGCCUGCGGCGCGGCGAACCUGUGUGUCAUGGGCGACCACUCCCUCUUCACCGCACUGCUGAGCAACCGGUUCAACGAAGAGCCCGUGCUGUUGACGUCUGGGGUGCCGGGGGCGGCCACGCCGGGCUGCAACGACGCGGCGGACAACCUCGCAGACGGCGGACACGGCGCUGGUGGGGCUGCGCCGGUGAGUGCCCGCACCCCGCGUUCUUCCUACUCUCCCCGCUACCACAGCAUGUGCGGCCCCGGAUCGGAGCAGCACGGCGGCGGUGGCGGCUCCACCACCGCCCGCUCCGCCUCCUGCGUGAGUGCGCGCGAGCAGGACCGCCGGAAUAGCCUGUUGCCGCGCAGCGCCAAUCGCACCCCAUCCCGCAGUCAGAUGCGCUCCUACAGCCGCCAGCAGGCCCGCUCCGCCUCGAUGCGGUCGGCGCAGAACGACGGCAUGCCGGACGGGUACGAGGCAGGUUCCCACAGCGGCAGGAGCGGCAGCGUCUCCAGCCGUCAGGGUCGCCGCCACCUCGUGCCCACCGUGGCGGAGGGCGAGAUGCGCAGCUUUGCGGAGGACUUCGACAUGGUGCGCGUCCGCAUCUACGCGUUUCUCGUCCGCGAGGAGCCAAAGCUGGACACGGCCAUCGCCACCUACCAUAGAAACCUGUACGUGAACAUCGAUGGGAUGGAGUACGCGCUGGAGAUCAAGGCCCAGGCGGAGGACUUCAUGGAGCGCGUCGACGACCUGCUGGCCGAUCCGGCCUGCCACGGCGCCUACACAGACUCCCUGCGCCGCUUUUGGCGCGACUGCAGCGAUAUGGAUGUCAAGGCGCAGCACCUCCUGCACUAUUGGGACCGCCGCUUCCCUGCCACCGCACUGCCGCGGCGGGUGCGGUCGGCGCGACGGGCGAGCAGCCGUCAGUCGCCGGCGUCGCGUAGCAUGACGCCGCGGGGGUUCGCCGUCGCCACCGCGAACUCGCCCGCUCCGGUCAACGGACCAAUGGGGCGCCGUGACGGCGGGGGCGUCUCGGCGGUCGAUGGCCACGCCGCGGCGACGGCCACAACGGCCGCCUCACGCGACCCCGAGGACGUGCGUGCGCAUCGGGAGCUGUACACGAGCCCCGAGGCCGCGGUACGGCUGCAGGCGGAGGAUCGGACAGAGGAGCCCCCGCUGCCGCAACGCCCGGCGGAGCAGGUGGUCGGCGCGGGUCUAAACGGCGUAGCGCCGUCACCGCCGCCGCCGCGGGGUUGCUCCACCUCGUCGCGGCAGUCACGCCGCCGAUCGCUGACGCCGCGGUCGCCGCCGGCCUCGCACGCCGGGGGGCGGUCCGCGCACGCGGUCCCGAUCGACCAGCGACCACCGUGGGUAGGAAACUGGGCCGAGGAGUCCGAGAACGCAGAGGGGAAGGCAGCAGGGGACGAACAGCCGCAGCCGCCAUCCGCCACCACGGCCGAGGCGUACACGUCGCCGCAGCGCAAGACGCCGCGGGCGGUGCAGAGGACACCGGCGGGCGACGUGGCCAAGUACGCGCCGAAUGUUGUGCGAGCCCGGUCGAGUGGUCGUAGCACGUCGAGGCCGCGACGUCCGGCUGCCGAGCAAUCACAACAAUCCGGGGAAGAAGGAUCAGCGGUGAAGGCGCAGGACGUGGCCGCCGCGUCAGCCACCAAAAAAGCGGAGGGGGCGGCGGCGCAGGAGGAGGCGGAGAGUCAGGUACGUACGGCACCCGCCCCGACGCCCCAGCCCGCCCCUGCAGCGAAGCCACGCAAGGCCGCGACGCCGUCCUUCCGCAAACCGCGCGCGAAAUCGGCCGCCGCGACGAAGCGUUCGACGGAGCAGAACGGCGGUGCGACGAACGGCCGUGCGGCGGGGCAGGGCCGCCGUACGUCGUUGGCGGACUCCCAGUCUGAGAAACUGCGCAGUUGUCCCCCAUGGAAGUACUAG